AUGAAGUUUGUUAUUGUUUCUGGUGGUGUAAUCUCGGGCAUUGGAAAGGGCGUUAUUGCCUCUUCUACCGGUCUUCUUCUUAAAACCCUUGGCCUUAAUGUCACCUCCAUCAAAAUCGACCCUUACAUGAACAUUGAUGCCGGUACCAUGAGUCCCCUCGAACAUGGUGAAGUCUUUGUUCUUGACGAUGGUGGCGAGGCUGAUCUCGAUCUCGGAAAUUACGAGCGAUACCUUAACGUCACCCUGACUCGCCGCCACAAUAUUACUACAGGCAAGGUCUACCAGCACGUUAUCGAGCGUGAACGUAAGGGUGAUUACCUCGGAAAGACUGUCCAAGUCGUCCCUCAUUUGACAAACGCCAUCCAGGACUGGAUUGAGGCUGUGGCUAACAUUCCUGUCGACGCUCAUGGUGAGGUCCCCGACGUGUGCAUUGUCGAGCUCGGUGGUACCGUUGGUGACAUUGAGUCGGCUCCCUUUGUUGAGGCUCUUCGUCAAUUCCAGUUCCGCGUGGGUGUUGAAAACUUUGCACUCAUCCAUGUUUCGCUUGUGCCUGUCAUUAACGGCGAAAAGAAAACUAAGCCUACUCAGGCUGCCAUUAAGGAUCUCCGUGGCUUGGGGUUGACUCCUGAUAUUAUUGCAUGCCGUUGUGAACAACCUUUGGAUCAGUCCGCCAUUGAAAAGAUUUCCAUGUUUUGCCAUGUCGGUCACGACCAAGUUUUGGGUGUCCACAAUGUCAACUCUACUUACCACGUCCCUCUCUUGUUGAAGCAGCAAAAGCUCAUCAAGUUUUUCCAAAAACGUCUCCGUCUUGACUCUAUCAUUCUUUCAAAGGAGCGUGUGGACCGUGGCAAAGACUUGUGGAGCCGUUGGCUCAAGCUUACCAACUCGCACGACCGCAGCUUUGAAAAGGUCACCAUUGCCAUUGUUGGCAAGUAUACCGAUCUUCAAGACUCUUACAUUUCCGUCGUCAAAGCCCUCGAGCAUGCUGCUCUUGCUGUGCAAAAGCGUCUUGAGAUUGUUUGGGUCGAUUCCUCUGAUUUGGAGCGCCAAAAGGCCAUCAGUACGAGUGGCACUGCCACCCCUCCCUCAGGACAAAAGCUCAAGUACCACACAGCUUGGGGUAAAGUCUGUGCUGCUGAUGGUAUUUUGGUUCCCGGUGGUUUUGGCUCCCGUGGUACUGAAGGUAUGAUUGCUGCAGCCAAGUGGGCUCGUGAAAACAAGACACCUUACUUGGGCAUUUGCCUUGGUUUCCAAAUCGCCGUCAUUGAGUACGCGCGGUCUGUUCUUGGUAUGAAUACCAACUCGCAGGAACUUGACGAGCAGAUUGAGGACCCUGUGAUUGUGUUUAUGCCUGAGAUUGACAAGACUCACAUGGGUGGCACAAUGCGUCUGGGUACCCGGCCAUCAGUGUUCCAAGAUGGAACUGAGUGGAGUAAGCUGCGCCAGCUUUACGGGCUUGCUCAGCGGGUGCAUGAGCGUCACCGUCACCGAUAUGAGGUGAACCCUGAGCACAUUGAGGACUUUGAAAAGCAUGGCAUGCACUUUAUUGCACGCGACGAUACCGGCGAACGUAUGGAGACUUUUGAGCUGAGUUCUGAGGACCAUCCAUUUUACGUGGGCACACAGUAUCACCCAGAAUACCUGACCAAGGUCUUGACUCCAUCCAAACCGUUUUUGGGUCUUGUUGCUGCUAGUAGUGGAUGUCUUGAUAAGGUUCUUGAUGAUGUUCGUCAUGGUAGCUAUGGACCUGCUGAGUUUUAG